UUCUAGCCCGAGAAAUACCCUGGCUUCCCGGCCUCUCACUGCCCCUUGGAUCCCCGCGGGGAGUGGGUGUCCCGCGCCCAGUGACCCCCUGGUGCUCCUAGUGCCCGGCCAGGCCAGGCUCACCAGUCUCCCUCGAUCCCCUGCCCGUCAGGUCAGCUGCCAGCCCCGACCUCCCGGCCCUGGCCAACCACAGACAUGAGCAACUGGAAGGACCACCUUGGUGCCAGCGGCCCAGAACCCCUUACGGUCCUCAUCAUUGGCAAUGGUCCCUCGGGCAUCUGCCUGUCCUACCUGCUCUCUGGCUACACCCCCUACGUGAAGCCUGACUCCACCCACCCACACCCCCUGCUGCAGAGGAAGCUCACGGAGGCUCAGGGCAUCUCCAUCCUGGACCAGGACCUGGAUUACCUGUCUGAAGGCCUUGAAGGUCGGUGCCAAAGCCCUGUGGCCCUGCUCUUUGAUGCCCUCCUGCGCCCAGACACAGACUUCGGGGGAAACACGGAGUCCGUCCUCACCUGGAAGCACCAGAAGGAAAGAGCCAUCCCCCACCUGGUCCUGGGCCGGCAUCUGCCUGGGGGAGCCUGGCAUUCCAUUGAAGGCUCCAUGGUGACCCUGAGCCAAGGCCAGUGGAUGGGGCUGCCAGACCUGCAGGUCAAGGACUGGAUGCACAGGAAGCGAAGGGGUUUUCGCAACAGCCGGGCCACAGCUGGGGACAUUGCUCACUACUACAGAGACUAUGUGACCAAGAAGGGCCUGGGCCACAACUUUGUGUCUGGCGCUGUGGUCACAGCUGUGGAGUGGGGGACACCUGAGCCCAGCAGCUCUGGGGCCCAGGACUCCAGCCCGCUCUUCCACGUGAGCGGCUUCCUGACCACCAAGGGCCAGAGCCAGAGGCCCUUCUCUCUGCGUGCCCGCAAUGUGGUGCUAGCCACGGGCACGUCUGACAGCCCAGCCUGCCUCGGCGUCCCUGGGGAGACCCUGGCCUUUGUCCACCACGAGCUGUCAGCCCUGGAGGCGGCCACACGGGCUGGCACGGUGACCCCAGCCUCGGACCCCGUCCUUAUCAUCGGCGCAGGGCUGUCCGCGGCUGAUGCAGUCCUCUACGCCCGCCACUACAACAUUCCUGUGAUCCACGCCUUCCGCCGGCCGGUGGAUGACCCCGGCCUGGUCUUCAACCAGCUGCCCAAGAUGCUGUACCCUGAGUACCACAAGGUGCACCAGAUGAUGCGUGAGCAGUCCAUCCUGUCGCCCAGCCCCUACGAGGGCUACCGCAGCCUCCCAGAGCACAGACCGCUGUUCUUCAAGGAGGACCACCAGGCCGUAUUCCAGGACCCCCAAGGCCUCCAGAAGGUCUUCGAUGUCGCCCUGGUGCUGGUCCUCAUCGGCUCCCACCCUGACCUUUCCUUCCUCCCGGGGGCAGGCACCGACCUCGCUGUGGACCCUGACCAGCCACUGAGUGCCAAGAGGAACCCCAUUGAUGUGGACCCCUUCACCUACCAAAGCACCCGCCAGGAGGGCCUGUAUGCUGUGGGGCCACUGGCUGGGGACAAUUUUGUACGGUUUGUGCAGGGUGGGGCCUUGGCUGUGGCCAGCUCCCUGCUGAGGAAGGAGGCCAGGAGGCCACCCUAGCACCUGGCCCGGCAUGCUUGCACCCAGACCCUAAAGAGAAGGGGAGGUCACAGCCCUGCUGUAGGCUAGGCCCAGCCCAAGAUGCCCAGUAAGGAAAGGUGGCCUCUCCUGGCAGGACCCAGGAGGGGCCACGAGCCCCUGCAAUAGGCCUCUUAGAUGAAGAGGAGUGUGGAGCCCAGGCUGUGGGGACUCAGACCAGCGCCCAAGUGGGAACAGUGGCUGCAGGCCGGAGCAGGCUGCAGUUUGGGGUGAAAGCUGCCAGUGAGAGCAGGGAUCCCCAGGGCAGCCAGCCAGGACUCUAGGCCCCGCUCCUUCCAAAAUCGCGUCCCAAAUAAAACCAGUGCCUGCCUCA